UCUGUGGUCUUCAUUCAUUAGAUUUAAGCUCCUUGUCUCUGUGUGAUCCCAGCGUUUAGCACAAUGACUCGCAGAUGGUGGCCCCUUAAUAAGUGUUUAUGGACAACUAUUUUUUGACCAUGAGAGGGGUUUAGUGUACUAUCCUAAAUUCCCCGCAACACAUCUCUAUUUCUUCUACUAGCGACUCGCUUUCGUUUCUCAAGCUAUUUAUGUACGUGAUUAGUUUCUCAGAAUUCAGAUUAGUUCUCCUAAUUACAGGCGGCAUCUAAGUAAGAUUAAGCCAAGACAUUCCUUUAUGGGGUGGGAAUGGAGACCACAGUUUCGAUCCUGAUAGCAAGGCUGCGUUCCCAAACACUCCACUUCCUUCAGAGGUUUUUUAAAUUGACCUCUCACUUCUUCUCCUCUAAGUUUCAGACCCUGGGAGGAUAGAUGGGCUACUCAGCCACAUCCGUGGGCAAAAAGAGGCUUCUACCCAAAAGUUCCCGGAGCCUUUCUUCCAUCCAGACACCUCUAAUUUAAACAGAGCUGAAUACCGAGGCCUCAGACCUUCUGCAGAACUGAGAUGGGGAGGAGAGAAUACCGCAACCGGGCCGGGGUGUUCCUAUGGCUGCAAGGCUCAAAGUGGGCCACAAAUUGCCAGACUUGGGGCCCUUAAGAAUAAGGGUAGAGAAGAAGUACCACAAAAGAACACCCUAUCCCAGGAUCUGCCAACCCGCUCUAGGUCAGCUCUUACGCGGUGGCUGAAAAGGGGACGGUAACGUUCACAAGGGGAGGAGUUUCCGCUUCCGGCCGAGGAUUGUUGACGACGACUGCGGCGGCGCUAGGGCCGGGGCUCAGAAGGGAAGGGUCAUUUCGGGAGUGGAGGGCACAGUGACAGCUACAGCUGCGGCCAGAACUGUGGCGACAAUGGCGGAGGGGUCAGAUAAAGCCCAAAUCCGCCUUCCCAGGCAGCGAGGCAAGCGGGAGAUCAGAAGCGGGCGCCAGGACUCCGAAACCUCCACUUCAAGCUCUUCGGCCGUCCAUCCUUCCCAAAACAAACCAUUGUUCCGGUCUCCGCUUCGAAGGAAGCCCGAGGCAAAGAGCUACGUUCCGCCCUCUUCCACCAAGGACGGUCGGGAACGCGAGCCCGGGCCCCCGGAGAACGAGGCGGACCCCGGCGGCGGCGGCGGCGGCGGCGGCUCUGGGCAGCAGCCGAAGCCGACGGCUCGCGAGUACUCCCGGCAGGUGCACGAAUGGCUGUGGCAGUCAUACUGCGGCUACCUGACCUGGCAGACCGGCCUCCUGGCUUUCCCCGCCUACGGCAGCCCCCCACCGCAGCAACCGCUACCGCAGCAGCAGCCUCCGCCGUCCUGCGCCCCGGGAAGCGGCGGUCCCCACAACGGCCAACCGGCCAUGCACCCGCUAGCCCCACUGGGCUACUACAACCCCUUCUAUUGCCUCGCCACUCCACCCGGGGCCGACCCCGCAGCAGCCGCGGCCUCCGCGGCAGCAGCCGCGGCCGCCGCCGCAGCAGCCGCAGCAGCAGCCGCCCCCUCUCCGGGGGCCCGGGCUCCCAACUGGCAGGGAUCGGCCAGGAUAGCCCCGGUGAACCGGUCUGGAGGGGUCACAGCGCAGCGGCAACCGAAUGAGAAUGGUCGUCCUGCUGGUGAGAGGAGAGCGGGUAGAGAAUUUGCUAUUCCAUCGUUGGCACACAGAUUUAUGGCAGAGAUGGUGGAUUUCUUUAUUCUAUUUUUUAUAAAAGCAACCAUGGUUUUAACUAUUAUGCAUGUCAGUGGAAUAAAGGACAUUUCUAAGUUUGCUAUGCAUUAUAUUAUAGAAGAAAUAGAUGAAGACACAUCAAUGGAAGACCUGCAGAAAAUGAUGAUUGUGGCUCUUAUAUACAGGUUAUUAGUUUGUGUCUAUGAGAUAAUUUGUAUAUGGGGAGCAGGUGGAGCCACUCCAGGGAAAUUUUUGCUGGGACUUCGUGUUGUGACAUGUGAUACAUCAGUACUCAUUGCACCAAACCGUGUUUUAGUGAUUCCUUCCUCAAAUGUUAAUUUAACAACGUCUAUUAUUCGAGCCUUGAUCAAGAAUUUUUCUAUUGCUUCUUUUUUUCCUGCUUUCAUCACACUGCUGUUUUUUCAGCAUAAUCGAACAGCCUACGACAUUGUAGCAGGAACCAUUGUGGUAAAAAGAAAUGGGGUUAGAUGAUGCCAAUGAAAAGCCCCAAGUCCCACACUUUCUGUAAUAAUGACAAGACUAAAAUUAUGUUUUGAGGCCAUCAGUAUCCCUGGGUUAAAUUAACUGGUGAUUCAGAAAUUAAACUGACACUCCCAUGUGAUGCAGAUGACUAUACUGAAAGUAUUGACUUUACUUGAAUGCCAAAGAACUUUACCAGAAAAAGAAACAGUACUUACUAAAUGAAAAAGUAUCGAAUUUUUAGAUUGAAAAGAAGGCAGGUAGUGUCACAAUCAGCUAUGGAUAUAUACUUACUUACAUUCUAAGGCAUGAUGAUUUGCUGGGAGUAAUUUCAGCCUUGAGUCUCCAAAUGAAAUUUCUACAGCUUUUUGUGUUUAACACAAAAGGAUGGAGAAUGUCCAGUUGUGUUUUGUAAACACCUACAUAGUCUAACUUUUAGGUAACACCUCUUGGGAAGAUUUCAACCUUUAUUUUCUCCUAGGGGAUGAAAUUUUAGUUAUUACUCUACCAUUCUAUUAAUUGGUUACAUAAGAUGUGAAUUGGACAGUGGAGGCUAAGGUAUCAGUUAUCUCUUAUCUAAAACUUUUUAAUAUAUACAUAUAUAUAUAUAUAUAUUGCAUUUUACUUAAAGAAUGGUGCAAAUUUACCACUAUUCUAAAUGUUUAAUCCAAAUGUGUAUUUUGUGACAAGUCUUGCAUGAUGAUGAUCCCAAGUAUUAAGUCGAUUACUAUAUUAUCAAUGAUUUUUUUAAAGGAAGGUAAGUUAGUGAUUACCUUUUAUAAAUGAAUCAAAAGUAAAAUUUCCACUAUAAUUGAACUUUAUAUUGAUGUGCAAAUGUUUCAGUGCUCUAAAUGGAACACUGUGGACUAUAAAUAUAUAAAGAAAAAUGAUCACUUCCUUUUGGUGGUAAAAAUGGUUACUUCCAUCAAGUUGUUGCAUAGAAACAGUAUAGUAUGAAACAGUAUUCUAAUUGUGUUUGCAGCAUGAAGAAAGUAUUAGUGUAUCUCAGUGUUCUGAAGUUGGAUGUAACAUCUUUACAAAUAGGAUAUUCACUCAAUAAUCAGUCCUCACUUUGUAUCUUUUAGAGUUAUAUAAUUGUACUGUUGGAGUGAACUACAUCAGUCUGUUGAAUAAAGAACCUCAGUAUUUCGUGAUAUAUUUACAUGCCAUUAUACUGUGAAAUGUUUGAAUUUUUCCCAAUAUGAAAUAAUCAUUUGAAAAUAACUUGCAAAAGUUGACUUGAGACAUCGAUCAGAGUUUGAAAGUUUUCUUUCAUUGCACUGGAAUUCCUUAAUCUUACUUUUUAGUAUCAGUAGGCCAAAACGAAUUCUGUGGUUACACUUAUCCAGUUUACUAUUGACUGUGGCUGCUUGCAGGAAUACAGAAUUUAAGGAGCUAGGAAGAAUUGUAUUAUGUUGCCAUUUAUUCAUUCCACUACUAAAACAAAACUGUGUUUUUGUUUCUUUUGUGAAGAAAUGCCCCAGUAAGCAUUGUUGAGAUCUUUCUGAGCCAAACAAACUUGUUUUUCUGGUUUUGUUUUAUUUGAUUUGUAACCAUAUCCAGUAUCUCCCUUUAUUUGAAAGGAAGAUAAUGUAGUAUAAUGGAAGGAGCACUGGAUUUGAAAUCAAGAGAGAUCUGUAUUCAAAUCCUGCUUAUGAUACUAUCACCUAUAUGAUUGUAAACAAGUCUCUUUACCACUUUGGGCCCAAAUUCCUCAUCUGUAAAAUUACUUUAGGCUUCUUUCAGUGGUUUCAAACUCAAAUAGAAACAUGUCUCCAGUUAAUAUUGACAAAAAAAAAAAAAACCACAAAUUAACAUUGUCCGUGUUGUAUUGUAUUUUUAUACAUUUCUUAGUUGCAUUUUAAUCUGGUUCCCUCCAUUUGUGGCAAAUGAGUUUGAUACUUCUGGACUUAGACCUAAAUUCCUUGCAGGUCUAAAAACCUCUGAUCCUAAAAUAUUUUCUUACAUAAAACUUUGUCAAGCAAUUUAGAAAUGAAUCGUGUAGUGAAACAAAAUAGCCUUUGAUGUUCUUCACUUAAAAAAAAAAACAGACAGGCAGCAAAAAAAUAGGCUUCCUCUUAAUACUGCCAUACCAAUUUUUAAAAUUAUUUUCCUCACAACUUAAGUAUGAAAAUUAUUUGGAAUACUGUUUUUACAAUAGUGUUUACAGAACUUGAACAGUGAGCUCUUUUUGGUGUAAUUUUAUUUUAAAACUUUACAAGCCACAUUUGUUUUUAAAAACUAUUUGCUAUUAAAUUCGGUUUCACUAAAAACUGUUGGUAAUGUACUGCUAGGUUUGGUCAUUAUCUAAAUUUAAUAUGAUUCAUCAUAGAAAAAUAAAUGAACCAGUGUAACUAAAUUAAUAUUUUAAACCUUAAAGCAUUCUAUAAAUUUGAAUUACUAUUGUGUAGGACAAUAUAGGGAACACUUCAAAAAUACAGUUAUUUAUUCAUAUAUAUGUGUGUGUGAGUGCAUAUAAUGCUAAUUUAUCAAUUCAAUUCAUUGUUGUAUAUUUCAUCACUGUCAUCACUUUUUCCAAUUUAAAGCAUAGCAGAGAAUUUGAUUCUGGUAAUGUAGCAAACACCUCAAGUGACAUCACACUAAUAGAAGUAUCUCCUCAUCAAAGCUCUACAUUCUUCCUUAUUAAUAGGAAGGAAUCUGGGUCUUUUUUUUUUUGGCCAUGAAAUUACAGUGCACUAAAGUAAAGUUCAAGCUUAAAAAAUAAAAAGGUUUAAAAGUUACUGUCUUUGCAUUCAUAUCUUUUAUAGCAUUUGAAUAUUUUAAAUUUAAAACAUAUGUAAGUUAUAGAUAAAUCAUUAAAGGAAAUUAGAAGGGGAGAAAUUUAGUUAUGAUAUCAUUUCAAUGAGAGUUCAGUAAGGAUACCCACUAUAUUUGAGAGUAUAGAAUUAACUUUACAUAUUUUUUGUUGAAGUCUUGUAUCACUAUUUUAUAAGCCCAACAAAUAUUCAUAACCAAAAUUAUAAUGAAUAGCCCUGUGUGCUUUGGAAGAGAAAACCUAAAAUAGACAUAUUAUGUUAAUCAUGCAGAUUCUUGCUACAUUAUUUUGUUAAAUCAAGCCUUUUUGAUCAGAUUGCUCUGUUAUAAAAUUACAAUCUGCUAAAUAAUGCUCCAUUUUCUAGGAUCUUAAAGUCUAUUUUAGAUACUUACCUGCCAGUAUUAUGAAGGGACUCUAGCAUAAAGCUUCCUAACAGUCUAUUUUGCUAUUGAAAUUUACCAAUCAAGCAUUUAAGCACUAUAAUGUUUGUAGGUAUUGUGCAUAUAUGGACACUGGGGAUAAAAAGACAAAAAUGAAGCAGUUCUUGCCCUCAAGGGUCUUAAAUUCUAUUGGAGAGACCAUUUGUAUAUGUCUAGUUGAAUGUAAUCAAGCUAAUAAACUGUCUAAACACUUAUCUUCUAAACUAUAUUGUUACAUUAAUAAAUGAAAAAACUCAUUAUAAAAUGAAUACAAACUUCUUUUGUGAGACCAGCCUAUACAUAUAGUACAAAUUGUCCAUUUCUAUUGUUUUGUUAUACCAUACAUUUCCAGACAAAAUAAAUAUUUUAAUUUAGUAACUUGGUGCAGCUAUAGGAAACUAUUAUUGGCAUAUAAUUAUUUUUUCAGAUAAAGCUUUCCACAUUUCCUUUCAAUUUCUUGCUAAUUUGAUUAAUUUUCUUUGAGUACCGGGAGACAGAAAUGGAUAUUUAAGGAUUUGACUGGAAGAUCAGGUCUGUUGGGUAGAAUUAGGUUUGAAGAUCAUCCAAAUUUCUAAAGAUGGCCUUUUGAUUUGUUUCAAAACUGUCCCUAAUAAAAAGUUUAUUAGAAUAAAUAUCAAUAUCUUGGAUAAUGUUAAGAUUAGUUUAUUUUUGAACAUAAUUCCUAAAUAACUUCUUUAAUAAGUAUUCACAAAAUUGGACCACCAUAGAAAAAUGUAAAAAGUGUUAUUCAAAUUUCCAUACCAGAAAAACAUAUAGUUCAAGUUCUGUUACUACACUACCAUUACCACAAUAUUUUUAACAGUGAUAUUCCCAACCCAGUCAAGGACAUUCUUCAAGAAGCAUUUGCUUUAGAAUAAGCACCAUUACAGCAUAAAAAUACAGAAAGACCUUAGGAGUUCAUUGUCAUAGAAAAUGGCUUGCAUCAUUGUUUUGUAACAAAUCACAGUAUUCAAUUUGUAAGCUGCCAAUUUGUAUAGCAUCCUGUCUUAAUAAAAUCUUUAUUACAGUC